GCUCCACAAGAGGUGAUCGAUGUGAAAAAGCAGAUGCAUAUAUUUGAACUGGAUUGGUCGCUUUCGAAACAGGAUGCGGAACGGAUGGAGAAGGAGCUGGUGGCUGCGUUGGGCAAAAGCGAACGCGAUUAUUUGGAUUUUUGA